AUGAGCUCUUCAUCCACACCCAGCAUGGAAGAAUUGAUCAAGCUCGAUCGAGAAGAUCCUUUAAACUGGACACGAGAUGAGUUUGAGAUUCCCAAUAUCAAAGCAUGUGGUGGUGAAGGAGACGGAGAAGCUAUCUAUUUCUGUGGAAAUUCAUUAGGACUGUUGAAUAAGAAAGCCAGAAAACAUAUGAUUGAAGAAUUGGAUGUAUGGGGUUCAUCAUCUGUGACGGGACAUUUCUCACAUCCGCAUUCAAGACCAUGGAAACAUGUCGAUAGACCAUUAACACCACAUUUAGCCAAACUUGUAGGAGCGAAAGAAAGUGAAGUAGCACACAGUUCAACUCUAACAAGCAACCUGCAUAAUCUAUUCACAAGUUUCUAUAAACCUACAGAUAAAAAAUGGAAGAUCGUAAUUGAAAAAGGCAGUUUUCCAAGUGAUUGGUACGCCAUUCAUUCACAUCCUAAAUUACAUGAUGCUAUCCUAUCUCAAGAACAGAUAGAUGAUGCUAUCAUCGGACUCGAACCUAGAGAAGGAGAAGAUACUUUACGGACUGAAGAUAUAAUCAAAGUAUUGGAAGACAAUAAAGAUACUAUCGCGAUAGUCUGGUUACCUCUCGUGCAAUACUAUACUGGACAGUUAUUCGAUAUCGCUUCUCUGUCACCUAAAGUUCAUUCGAUAGGUGCUCUAUUUGGAUUGGAUAUGGCUCAUGGUAUAGGUAACGUUGAAUGUAAACUGAAUGAAUGGAAUGUCGAUUUUGCAGUUUGGUGUACAUACAAAUAUUUGAAUGCUGGACCGGCGGCUAUAGGUGGAUAUUAUAUCAAAGAGGGAUUGGACGAUGGUGGUAAACGCCUCGCAGGAUGGUGGGGUAAUGAUGCCGCAACAAGAUUCCAAAUGUUACCUGAAUUUCGACCGACUCCAGGUGCCAAAGGAUAUCAACAUUCAUGUACACCGGUAUUUUCGUCCAUACCAUUAUUAGCCACGUUGGAAUUGAUCGAUAAAGUUGGAUUCGAUAAUAUGCUCAACAAAAGUAAACGAUUAACAGGUACCUUGGAAGAUUUGUUAAAAUCAAGCCGAUAUUAUAAUCCUCCUAAAGGGAAAAUAGGUUUUAAACUCUUGACACCGACGUUACCUGAUAGAGGGACACAAUUAUCUAUCAGUAUCUUACCUGAAAACAAAGGUAUAAUGCCUAGGAUUUUUUCACGCUUGGCUUCAAAUGGUUUAGUGGGUGACGAGAGACAUCCAAAUGUCAUCAGAUUAAGUCCUGUAGUAUUAUAUAAUAAGUUUGAAGAAGUUGGUAAAGCAUUCAAGAUACUUGAAGAUGCAUUGUUAGAAGAGGAACAAGGUGGGCAUAUAACGGAGGUAAAGGAUAAUGAUAUGGUUUCUAAGGAUUAG